GGAGGCCGGCAGAUGGGCGGGGCGGCUGGCCGUGCGGGCGGCAACCGUCGCCGCGGCCAGGAGGAGGAAAAGGACCAUGGCGAUGUUUUCCCCUCCGCAGAGCGGCGGUGGGACCGAGCCGGUGGUGGGCCCGUGACCCGGCGGCGGCGCGCCCCGUGGGAGCCCAGGCGGCGCUGAGGGCCUUGCUACGAGAGCAGCGCCAUGCCGUGCACCUGCGGGAAUUGGCGGCGCUGGAUCCGGCCGCUGGUGGCCACCAUCUACGUGGUGGGACUGCUGGUGGCUCUGCCGCUCUGCUUGUGGGAGCUGCAGAAGCUGGAGGUUGGAAUCCAAACCAAGGCAUGGUUUAUUGCUGGAAUCUUUUUAUUGAUGACAAUUCCCAUAUCUCUUUGGGGAAUAUUGCAACAUUUGGUUCAUUAUACUCAACCUGAAUUACAAAAACCAAUAAUAAGGAUUCUAUGGAUGGUGCCAAUUUACAGUCUAGAUAGUUGGAUAGCAUUGAAAUAUCCAAAAAUUGCAAUUUAUGUGGAUACUUGUAGAGAAUGCUAUGAAGCCUAUGUCAUCUAUAACUUCAUGGUAUUUCUUUCAAAUUACCUGACAAAUCGAUAUCCAAAUCUGGUAUUGAUCAUAGAAGCGAAAGAUCAGCAAAAGCAUUUACCACCACUAUGCUGCUGUCCACCUUGGGCUAUGGGAGAGGCGUUAUUGUUCAGGUGCAAGCUGGGUGUUUUGCAGUAUACUGUUGUCAGACCAUUCACCACUAUUGUUGCUUUAAUCUGUGAACUGGUUGGCAUAUACGAUGAAGGGAACUUUAGCUUCAAAAAUGCUUGGACGUACUUAGUCAUAUUCAACAAUAUGUCUCAACUUUUUGCCAUGUACUGCCUUGUAUUAUUUUAUAAAGUACUGCGGGAAGAACUAAACCCGAUCAAACCUGUGGGCAAAUUUCUGUGUGUCAAGAUGGUGGUUUUUGUUUCUUUUUGGCAAGCUGCACUUAUUGCAUUGUUGGUGAAAGUUGGUGUUAUCUCUGAGCAUAACACGUGGGAAUGGAACAGUGUAGAAGAAGUGGCAACUGGCUUACAAGAUUUUAUCAUCUGUGUGGAGAUGUUCUUUGCUGCAAUUGCUCAUCACUACAGUUUUUCCUACAAGCCUUAUGUGCAAGAAGCUGAAGAAGGCUCCUGCUUUGAUUCCUUUCUUGCCAUGUGGGACAUUUCUGAUAUCAGAGCAGAUGUGUCUGAGCAAGUUCGCAAUGUUGGAAGGACGGUUUUUGGCCAACCAAGGAAAAUGUUUUUUGGUGAAGAUCAUGAACAGAAUGAACAUACCAGUUUACUGUCUUCAUCUACUCAAGACCCAAUUUCUGCUUCCUCUUCCAUACCAUCAUCUCCUGUGGGUCACUAUCAAGGGUUUGGACACACUGUGACUCCAACAAUGCCUAUUGAACCAACAUCAGAUGGCCUCUAUAACUCUAUGGAAGAGAGGGAGAAUUCCCAUGUUCCAACAGAAAAGCUUGUGGAUUAAUGUUCAACCAUUCUUUUCUCAAAUGUAUUACAGGAAUGGAUUUGCCUAGACCGCAGACCUCCCCUCUGCCCCAAACAGACGCUCUUUCUAGAAUCGUGUCAAGCUAUGAGAAACAGCACAUAAGAGAAAUUAGCACAGAUGGUUGGAAUUCCAGUUCAGUAAUGAUUCUCUGAAUUACACAUGUGGAAUGGAGCCUCUCACUGUGCUGAGGUGAAAUGUUCAUACCAUAGUUUUCAGACUUCAGCACAAUGAAACAACGUAGUAUUAAAUCAACAUUGAAUUUAACUGGUAAAAUACCUAGAAACGUUGAGCUCAGGUUUGUAAUGUAAUUCAGUAAGGUGAAGAAAAAAUGCAGCUUGAUAUGAAAACUCAGAGGUGAGAUAGAAGGCCUAAGAUUUUCCUGAUUCCUCCUUCAAAUCAGUGAAUCCUUCAGACUUUUACUUGUUGCAUUCCAGAACAUUGUCUUGAAUGUGUCAGAAUUACAGAUCUAUUGAGUUGGUAGUCCUGACCUGCUCUUGUCAUUUUCAGUAACAGCAUGCCUAUUAUACAGUCCAAAUAAGCAGAAGUGUUUGAAUUUAAACUUCAUGUGUUCUAUUGGCUUGCCAGUACAGUAAAGAAACAACUUUCAGCUAUCUAUUUAAUGGAUUCUAGAUUGGAAGUUGCUCCAGAGAGAUUGAAUUAAAAGGCAUCCCGAUUACUGUUACAAAAUAGAAUUAUUUAACUUACCAAGAAAAAAACCUUGCUCAGUCCCUUUUGUUUCUGGUCCAGUUUCUCAAGUCAUGUAGUAUAUUUCCCACUGGUUUAUCAAAUCUGUAUUCUACGAUAUAGAUACCAUUUUAACGCCUCUUAAUCUUGAAUUCUUAGUCAAAAUUGUUGGAAGGCAAAUAUACUAAGUAGAAUCAAGUUAUCUAAAUAACAUUAAAGAUGUUAGAUAAGGAAUGUAAUGAAUUGUUAUUGUUCUAAGGACUUUAUUGCACAUCUGACUAAAUGAAGAGGAUUUUCUGAUCAAUUAUCACAUUUGUACUAGCAUUGCAUGCUUGCUGUCUUACUUUCAUGUAGAAAGCUGCAAGCAAGGUUUGCAUUUUUAAGUGGCAUCUUCAGAGGGAGAAAAUCCCUAUUUUCAGGAUUCAGAUGCCCUUAACAGUCCUUGAGGUAUUUAACUGACUUGUGGCUGUUACAAUGAAAUCUUACAAGUGCUUUUGCGGUACUAGUGUGUCUUGUAAAUACUUGGCCUUAUUCACUAGGCUGCAUAUUUUAUGGCUAAAUUUGGUGCAUCCUUAAAUGAAAUUAGGAAAAGAUGAGACCAUACGUAUUCAUUGCCUUUAUUGUAUAUAAGCAAAUAAAAUUUUAUUUAACUCUU